AGCCAAGAGAAAUGGCCAAAGUGCCAAAGAAAGUUGUGCAUGGAAACAAAACUGAACCCCACAAGAAAGAAAAACCAUUAGAAACAGCCAAGUUACCGACGAAGGAUAUCCAUGCAAAAGAAUCUGCUAGGCUACUGAUGAAGGAUAUCCAUGUAAAAGAAUCUGAACGACACAAGAAAGAAAAGCCAAGAGAAAAGGCCAAAGUGCCAAAGAAAGAUAUGCAUGUAAACAAAACUGAAUCCUACAUGAAAGAAAAGCCAUUAGAAACAGCCAGGCUACUGAUGAAGGAUAUCCAUGUAAAAGUAUCUGAACAACACAAGAAAGAAAAGCCAAGAGAAAUGGCCAAAGUGCCAAAGAAAGAUGUGCAUGUAAAGAAAACUGAACCACACAAGAAAGAAAAACCAUUAGAAACAGCCAAGUUACCAAUGAAGGAUAUCCAUGCAAAAGAAUCAGAACGACACAAGAAAGAAAAGUCAAGAGAAAUGGCCAAAGUAUCAGAGAAAGCUGUGCAUGUAAACAAAACUAAGCCACAUAAGAAAGAAAAACCAGUAGAAAUAGAAACACAUAUGAAAGAAAAGCCAAUAAACAUAUCAAAGCUAUCAAAGAAGGAUGUGCAUGUGAAAGAAACUGCACCCCAGCCCAAAAAGGAUAUCCUUAUUCGGGAAUCUGAAUCACACAAAAAAGAAAAGCAAAUAGAAAUAGCCAAAGUGCCAAAGAAACAUGUGGAUGUAAAGAAAUCUGAAGCAGACAAGAAAGAAAAACCAAUAAAAACAGCCAAGCUGCCAAAGAAGGCCGUGUAUGCAAACAAAACUGAAACACAUAAGAAAGAAAAGCCAAUAGAAACUGCCAAGCUGCUAAAGAGUGAUGUGCACAUAAAAGAAACUGAAUCACACAAGAAAAGAAAGUUGGCAGAAACGGCCAAGCUGCCAAAGAAGGAUAUUCAUGUAAAAGAAUCUGAACUCCACAAGAAAGAAAAGCCAAGAGAAAUGGCCAAAGUGUCAAAGAAAGAUGUGCAUGUAAAUAAAACUGGUAAGUGCUAUGUAAAAUUAUGCCUAGAAAAUCCCAUUUUCCAUUCUGGACAAUUACUGUGUAAACACAUGCUGUGGAAAUGAAUGUGCCAUAAAACUAGUGAAUUAUACUGAAUUAAAAUUGCAAAAUUGGAUGAUAAAUCUCAUUCUGCCCGCCUUGGGUUUUCUAGUCAAAAGACUCCACUCAGUCUAUGCUUCAUUUUAACUGUCAAAUUAAAAGACUCUCUUAACUUGAAGGGAUUUUAGUCUAUGAUAUAAUUCUGUGUAGAAUGUCACCUACUGCUUGCUAUAAACAACCAAAUGUAGAAGUAAUUUUCUGGUCUUCU